AUGGGAGGGGUUACUUCAUCGAUGGCGGCGAAAUUGGCCUUCUUUCCGCCGAACCCACCAUCGUACAAGCUGGUGGCAGACGAAAUGACGGGCCUGCUGCUGCUGAGCACUUUCCCGCAUCGGGAAAACGUGGAAAUCCUGAAGCUGCCGACGAGAAAGGGGACGGAGGUAGUUGCGAUGUACAUAAGACACCCCAUGUCUACUUCCACUCUGCUUUACUCCCAUGGCAACGCCGCCGAUCUGGGCCAGAUGUAUGAGCUCUUCGUCGAGUUGAGCAUCCACUUGCGGGUCAAUCUCAUGGGGUAUGACUACUCUGGAUAUGGACAAUCAUCUGGAAAGCCUAGUGAACAACACACAUAUGCAGACAUUGAAGCAGUCUACAAGUGUCUGGAAGAAGGCUAUGGUGCAAAGCAAGAAGACAUCAUCCUUUAUGGGCAGUCUGUUGGCAGCGGGCCUACACUAGAUCUAGCUGCCCGACUGCCUCAUCUAAGGGCAGUUGUCCUUCACAGUCCCAUACUUUCAGGGCUGAGGGUCAUGUACCCAGUUAAGAAAUCUUACUGGUUUGACAUUUACAAGAAUAUCGACAAGAUUCAAUUGGUUGAUUGUCCUGUUCUUGUGAUCCAUGGAACUGCAGACGAAGUAGUAGAUUGCUCCCAUGGCAAGCAACUUUGGGAACUAAGCAAAGAGAAGUAUGAACCACUGUGGCUCAAAGGAGGUAACCACUGUGACUUGGAGCACCAUCCAGAGUACAUCAGGCACCUCAAGAAGUUUGUGUCGACCGUGGAGAAACCGCCUUCUCAAAGGUACACCGGUUCGAGGAGAAGGAGCACGGACCAGCAGCUGCUUCCUCCUCGAAAGAGCACUGAUAUUGUGUUUGAAGCUUCGAGGAAGAGUACUGACAGAAGGGAGAAGCCUAGACACAGCACUGACAAGGCACUGCCCCCUACUGAUGUCAACAAGCUGCUGCUGAAGAGCAACAGCAACAACCUCAGCGAGAAGCUGGAGAAGCUAAAGAACCAAUCAAACUAUGCGGAGAAGCUGAGGGUUUCAUUUGAUCAGGUAGAGAGGUCGAGGAGGAGCGUCGACUGCUGCCUUGAGAAGUCGAGGAAGAGCGUCGACCACCAGUUGGAGAGAGGGAGGAAGAGUGUGGACAGAAUACGGACUGGUUGA